AUGAUUUCGACUUACGAAAAAGUUUUAUGGACGGCCACCAGACUUCUUCGAGUUUUGUCUGCAUGGAUUCCCGUCAAAUAUGAAAUAAUUGCUCAAGAUCCACAUUUGGAUUUCUUUACUCAUUGUUUAGAAUGUCACUCAUCGCGAGUAAUAACAAACGCCCUAUGGACUAUGAGAAAUCUUUCAGAUAUUGCCGUAAAUAAUAUAACAUCGGAUGUCUCCGUCAAUAUAGUAAGACAGCUUCUUCAUCAACUGAGGCUCAACAUAUGUAGUGAUAGCUAUGGAGCUUACUAUUCAACCAAUACUGGAGGUGAUACUCCUAUGUCCCGGUGUGUUCUAGGAGCACUAGCAAAUUUAACAUGUAGGAAUAAUGCUGCGAAAUCCUACGUUGUUCGGCAUAAUGGAAUUGAUUUAAUCAUGCAAAUAUUGUAUAGUGAAAUAAGUGGACAAAAAAAUUAUUAUCAUACAUUUUGUGAUAAUCUUAGUCAAUCUAUGUUAAAUAUGUCUAUUCAAUGUAAAAAUGAUAAUGAUCAUUCUAAUAUAUUUAAAAAAUGUUUAAACAAAUUACAUAACAGUGAUGAUAAUAAUAAUAAUAAUAAUCACUACCAUGUAACAAAAUCUCCAAUCAUAGCAACAACAACAGUAUCUUCAUCAUUACCAAUAAUCAAUAAUCAAUCAAUAAAACAAAAAAAUGAAUUACAUUUAUUAAAUCACUUUUCUUCUUAUAAUAAUAAUAAUAAAUUAAAUAAUUUAUUAAAUAUAUCAAUAUUUAAUUCAACAUUAGAUUUAAUUGAAGCAGGUUUACGUUGUUUAUCACAUCUAACAAUUGGACAUAUGGAAUUAAUAAAUGUUUAUCAUUAUUUUAUACAUCAACGUAUUGCAUCCAAAUUAAUUAUAUCAAUGGUACGAAAUUUAUGUAUAAAUUAUUAUUAUAAUGAUGAAUUCACAUCUAUAACAAAAGCAAAUUCAUACGAUACAUUAUUAAAUAAUAAUAAUAAUAGUAAUAAUAAUAAUACAAAUCUAUGGCCUAAGCAUUUACGUUCACAAUUUCGUCAUGGUAUUCAUAAACUAGUACAAAAUUUAAGGCAUUUAAUAAAUACAAUUCCUCGAGAUUUACAACCAAAAGAACUUAAACCUACUAUGGAAUUUGUUCAUAAUGUAUCAAUGACAUUAUUCUCAUUGAAUAGCAAUAAUAAUAAUAAUAAUAACGGUCAUAUUAAUAACAGUACCACUACCAAUUAUGAUAGUCAAUAG